AUGCCUCGAGAGCCACCACCCUGGCGAGGUGUGCGCACCAUCAUCGAUGGAAAGAGGGCAAAGCUUAUCCUCGACAACGACAAGGUCAUCGCCGAUGCGGUCGGAAAGUUCAAAGGUGGUGGCUACUUCGACAGCAACCAGAAACCCAAAGGCGAAUGGGUGAUCGCCACCGUUCGGAACCGCGGAACACUGCCUUGGUAUGAUAGCGAGUUUCACCCUUCCAGGUCCGUACAUCAAUCAAUGCAUGUGCACCACACAAAAACGUCCUAUGACAAUCCGGCUCCAGAGCGGUUGCUGGUCGGUUACUCUAGGUAUACGCUGAAGCCUGUUCUCGCGAGCGCGGAAGCUAAUGCUACCGACCUUGACCUGGAGGUUGAUGGCCUUUCGGGUUUGGAUCUCGAAGUUGACUUUGAGGGGCCACUUCGUGAUUAUGAAGUCAUUCUUCAUCAUGAUCUCACCGUACCCGAGAACCUUCGUGCGCUGAAACGACUUUUGAUCAAGAAGGAUUGGGAGACGGCGUUUGCUGGUGGAGACAUUACUGUCGAGGCCGCAAAGUCCCUGGCCCAGGAAUCCGCUCAGUCGCUCUAUCAUGGGCGCCCUCCUGUCGUUGUGGCACGCAUCAAGCCACCAACAACUCGUCAAGUCCCUUUCCACAAGAAGCCCGACCUCGGCCAAUGCCUCAAUCCUGAUCAACUCCAUGGACUCCAUUAUCGCCGUUUCCAAGGAGUCCUUCCCACUGUCCUGCAACAUCACUCCUUUAAUUUUGCACCCUGCAACUUUACAUACAAAGCGCCUUACAUUUCCAACAUGAGAUACCCAUUCAGACUCUACUUAGACCUUGCUGGUUUCGCUAAAGCUCAUCCCCUUGAGAAGCUCAAUGCUUCGGUAAUUCUCUUCGCUGUUCAACUCUGGGUCGAUAUUAUAGCAAGCCCUACCAAGUGCAAGGAACCAUAUGCUGAAGAGCGAGUUCCAGAGAUUUCACUGGCGGUAUUUCUUAUCUACUUCGAGCACUGGCUCAAGGUUCACGAGUAUCUUCAGUGUAUCGCCUACAUUCAUCCUUUUCGAUUUAUCGACCACAUGUACGCCGGGGAUAUCUUGAGACGCGAUGUUCACAUCUCCAAGUCCAGUAUUGAUUCAAACCGAGUGCGCUAUCUUGUCUACGAAGCUAAAGCGAUCGAUCCAGGCAUUUCUGUCGACGAACGCAUGGAUCUUUACCCUUUCAUGGUCAAUGGGACUAGCAUGGUGCAGCCCCAGUGCUUAUCUGAAAAGUUUCGCAUGUCUCCGCCUAAACAAGCAUUGCUUGGGAUGCCUAAUCCGUGGAUUCUAAGCCACACGCCAUGGGACGACAUCUCUAUUCGGAAGUAG